AUGUCAAGCAGCUUAAAAUUCAGCGCCACGUGCAGCAACCAAACUGCAUCCGAGUGGUCCAACUCAACGGGCGGGGAUGAUGACAACGAUGACGACGACGACGACGAUGACGACGAUGAGGACGAUGACGAUGACGAUGAUAUAGUAGAGAAUGGAGAGAAUGUUGAACAGAUGCCGAUUGUGGUUGUGGCAUCGACGACGCGACGUCGACGAGACAGAGAGUACAUCACCUAGACCCAUUUAAAAUUGAAGCAGCUCUAUUUAUUCUGUUUAUAUAGCUUAUCAGUUAUUUCGAUGCCUCACUCAAUUAUUAUUUGGUCACUCGAUUGGCAAACAUAAAUUCCUUUGUAAUUAAGCUUAAUACUCACAUAUAGCUUACUCUUCUGGCAACCCAAUCAAAUUGGGAAAUUCUAAAUUGCGUGGCCUUAGUUUUGAAUGCGAAAGCAACAACUGAUUUUAUAAAAUAGCUGCAUAUAUAAUCGAUUUAGAGAUUCAUUCAAUUCCAACGAAUCUUCAUUAAACAUAUGUAAAUCUAUAUGCAAAGGGAAGCGAUAGUUUUUUUUAAACAUAUAUAUAUAUAUUUAGAGAUUAGGCUCGAACGUUUUAUACAUUCAACUUCAAAAUCAUAGGCAAUUAUAAAUUCUACGAAAAUUAUACACUUAUACAAAUAUACAAAUGCAGAUAGUUAUACACGACGCUAUGGUGACUGUCAGUAGUUUGUACUUUUAUUAGGCUAGUAAAACCCCGAACUCCCUAUUUGUACUCGUAUGUUGCUUAGUAGAUAAAUUGAUACAUACCCUUAAAGCAAAAGAUUGUGAAUGAAGUGACUGCCGGUCAGAAAAGGGCGUAACUUAUAUUGAAAACAUAUAUUGUAUAUUAAUUUAUGUAAUUCUCAAUAAUAUAAUUAUGCAAAUUCUUAAA